CCAAUCCUCUCUUUUCUUCCUCUUCCCUCUCCCUAUAAAUCUCCCCUUUGUCUCCUCCUCCUCUUCUCACAUUUCAGCUCCGAGGAAUUUUUCCUUUUAUCAUCUCCGUUCUCCCAUCUUCUUCGCCGGAGAUCUUGGUCUAGCCAGACUGUAAGCGAGAUGGAAUCACUUGGACUAAGAGCUGUAGGUUCGCACUGUUCUCUAUCGGAGAUGGACGAUCUUGAUCUGAAUCGAGCAUUAGACCGACCGAGGUUGAAGAUCGAACGGAAGAGAUCUUUCGACGAGAGGUCAAUGAGUGAACUAUCUAGGCACGAUUCUCCAAGAGGCAGGUCGGUUCUGGACACGCCUCUCUCUUCUGCUAGAAACUCCUUUGAGCCUCAUCCUAUGAUGGCUGAGGCUUGGGAGGCUCUACGGAGGUCUAUGGUCUUCUUCCGUGGCCUUCCUGUUGGUACUCUCGCUGCCGUCGAUAAUACUACCGACGAGGUCUUAAACUACGACCAGGUGUUUGUGCGUGAUUUUGUACCCAGUGCGCUGGCGUUUCUGAUGAAUGGUGAAUCGGACAUAGUGAAACACUUUUUGCUCAAGACCCUUCAGCUUCAAGAUUCCGAGAAGCGUGUUGACCGUUUCAAGCUUGGAAAAGGUGUGAUGCCUGCGAGCUUCAAGGUGAGUCACGAUCCCAUCCGAGAGACGGACCACCUCGUUGCAGAUUUUGGUGAAACCGCCAUUGGACGAGUGGCCCCUGUAGAUUCAGGCUUCUGGUGGAUCAUCCUUCUCCGUGCUUACACCAAGUCUACCGGAGAUUUGACUCUCUCGGAGACACCAGAGUGUCAAAAGGGAAUGAAACUCAUCCUCUCUUUGUGCUUGGCUGAAGGGUUCGAUACCUUCCCCACGCUGCUUUGUGCUGAUGGAUGUUCCAUGAUUGAUCGUAGAAUGGGUGUUUAUGGGUAUCCAAUUGAGAUCCAAGCGUUGUUCUAUAUGGCUCUGAGAUGUGCCUUGUCAAUGCUAAGGCCUGAUGGAGAUGGCAGAGAGUGCAUUGAGAAGAUCACUAAGCGACUUCACGCCUUGAGCUUCCAUAUGCGUAACUACUUCUGGCUUGAUUACCAGCAGCUCAAUGACAUUUACAGGUACAAGACUGAGGAAUACUCACACACGGCGGUGAACAAGUUCAAUGUGAUGCCAGACUCAAUACCAGAUUGGGUUUUUGACUUCAUGCCUCUCCGGGGAGGCUACUUUGUGGGUAAUGUAGGACCUGCCCAUAUGGACUUCCGGUGGUUUGCACUCGGCAAUUGCGUCUCCAUAAUGUCUUCGUUGGCCACUCCUGAUCAGUCCAUGGCCAUUAUGGACCUUCUUGAGCACAGGUGGGAUGAGCUUGUAGGCGAGAUGCCCCUCAAGAUUUGUUAUCCUUGCCUCGAGGGCCACGAGUGGCGCAUCGUCACUGGCUGUGACCCCAAGAACACACGGUGGAGCUACCACAACGGUGGUUCUUGGCCAGUUCUGUUGUGGCAGCUAACUGCAGCGUGCAUUAAGACAGGAAGACCGCAGAUCGCGAGACGUGCGGUUGACCUGAUAGAAUCGCGUCUUCACAGAGACUGUUGGCCAGAGUAUUACGACGGUAAGCUUGGACGGUACGUGGGGAAACAGGCUAGGAAAUAUCAGACAUGGUCGAUAGCAGGUUACUUAGUGGCUAAAAUGUUGCUGGAAGAUCCUUCACACAUCGGUAUGAUCUCUCUCGAAGAAGACAAACUUAUGAAGCCAGUUAUCAAGCGAUCUGCGUCUUGGCCGCAACUUUGAAAAACCGAUCUCGUUUCUGGUCUGCUCAGUACUUGUCACGUUAUAAUUUUUCUUGUUUUUGUUUUUGUUUUUGUUUUGUUUUGCUUGGCUGUUUGUAUGAUAAUGAUGAUAUUCAAAACUUCUCCGGAAGAUGGGGUCACAGACUUUAUUGAUUGCUUCUUUCUUGCCUUGCAAGUAAGAAGAAAAGAAAUGGAAAAAGCUCGUUUGCCGUUUUUUAUUUCAA